GUGUUUAUUGACAAGAUGGUCGUCGUGGGUGCUGCGAUCUUGCCUCAUGGAGCAAUGGUAUUUGACGGGGAUCCCAAUUCAGCGAGCCCAGCAUGUCGAGAAAGGAACAUUUCAAUGCCAGCAGAUCUUAUUGGAAAUUGCUCCAAGUUGUACAACUCAUGCGAGCGCGUGGGCGACCGUGUGGCCAAGAUGAAUCCGGAUGUUGUGUUACUCGUCACCCCUCAUGGAAUCGCCCUGUCUUCUGGUUCAUAUGGUGUGUAUAUGGCGAACGCAGCUCGCGGAAACGCACUUUGGAACGACUGCUUUCAAGACAUAGAACUGAGCAUUCCUCUAGACACGGAGAUCUCCAAAACGUUGCUAGGGUUUGUGCAAGAAAAGGGUUUCAAAGCCGAUGGUAUUAUCACAUUUUCUUUGGCUGAAGCACCUUUGAGGUGGGGCGAAGUUAUACCUUUAUGGUUCGUGAAUAAGAAGGUUGACUCGGACAAAGUGAAGUAUGUAAUCGUUACUUUCGCGCGGAUUUAUGACGAAGAAGGGUUUAAUGCAAGGGCAAUGGGGAGAGCCCUGCAUGAAUUUGCUUCAAGUCUUCAGCAGCGAGUAGCAGUGGUUAUCAGUGGAGAUUUGGCCCAUACGCAUACCACAGAGUAUUCCAUUCCUCUCUAUUUACCAGGUAUGCAAAAGCCACAGGUGUGAGGGGUGGGUGGAGAUUUGGCCCUACACAUAUGACAGAGUGUUCUAUUCCUCUCUGAUGUGUGCUUUGGAGAUUCAGCAGAAAAGAAAAAGGGAGUUGGAAAAGGAGCAACAUAGAAUUGUAGAUGGGAUGGGCAUGUCUUUCUAACGAGCCAGCUAUCUCCUUGCGUCUGAAUCAUACCCCCCGCUUCCCUGGGAGCACCUAGACAAGAAAGGCUGGCUCUGUGAGAUAGAGACAGUUUUACACUUCAGUUCUUGACACACCUCACACAUUCCUAGUUUGAUGGCAAUAAAUAUAUUUUUUGUAUUAUCAGGAGUUGUGUCUAACAUUGUAUUAAUUGUUUUUAGAUCCUAGAUGGGACCUUAAACCUACUGGUAUUGCAGAAGAAUUUGAUAGGGCAUGUGAAUUGUGGGCAAGAGGUAUUCCAUUCAGUGAAGUUAUAAAAGUGGGAUCAGGUAACAAUAUAAAGAGGUCCAAUUGAUGGCAGAUAUUUGUCCCAAUAUCUAUACAGUCAACAUUAUUCCAUACAAUCUCAUUCGAAUCCAUGUUAGGAGUGCAUUCUACAUUGAACCCACUUAACAUGGGGGUCAUGUCCAAGAAUACCAAUGAUGAACUGCUGUUCAUAAGCCCCACAUAAAAACCCUCCAGUUAUAGGCCCAUCUACCUGUAAACAAAAAGAUAAAACCAAUUAUAAGCUCCCCUCAAAAUAAUUACAUUGAAAUGAAUAAGAUUUAUUAUGAUAUUUUUAAGGUUAAUAUUAAAAACCAGUCAAUUUUGAUCAGCGUUGCUAGAGCUUGUUUCAAAGUGCUUUUCCUUUUAAGUUAUAAGCCCCGUCGGAUAUAAGCCCCUCCAUUUAUAAUAAGCCCUCCUAAAACCCUUUACGAAGACGUAUAAGCCCAGGGCUUAUAAGCAGCAAUUUACAGUAGAUAAAGAGAGGGGCCUACAAAGUUGUGUGCUGCAUUUUGAAGGAAAAACCAUUUAAUUGUAAGUUAACCUUUAACACUUCUCCUCCCUCCCCCCUCCCCCUCCUUUUUUUUGGCCAGGUAAGAUUAGAGGAGCUCCACCUAGAGAAGGCUGCAUAUGAUUGACUGCAGUUAUCAUAUCAUGAAGUGAGCCAGUUAGUGUUUUUUUUUGUCCCAGGGGAAUAGAAUUAGAAAAGCCCUGGGAUUGCAAAUGCUUAAGGGUGGGGAGGGGGCAUUGCGGUUAAUAAGCACUUAAAAAUACCAUGUCAAUUCUUUUACUUCAGCUGCCUUUGAAGAGACUCACCCUUGGGUUGCAAGUCAUUGUGCUCAGUGGCUUCAAAAGGUGAUUGAAGAUGACCCAGUAGCAAAGUCCUGUGGUAGAAAAGGUUUUCAAAUUUUGCAUGGUAUUUUAGAGAAGCAAAUUGAUGAUGGAGGGAGUGUCACUUCUCAUUUUUUUACCAGACAUGCCCCAACAUAUUAUGGAAUGAUGACUGUAGUUUUUGAGGUUAACUAAUAGGUUUUCUGGUUACAGAAUUAACUGAGUUUUUAAGUACUGUUUAAAAAAACAAGCAGGAGUGUAUUAUCAGGCUUAAAAACUUGAGCCACAGCUGAGAGUUUUUACACCUGAUGAUACAUGACUGCGAGUUUUUUAAACGGCUUCAAAAUCUCUGAUAUAGAUCAACUCAUUCUUGCACUAAAAAAUUGGAUGUAAAGUUUAGCCUUGUCUUUAUCAGAUAUGAAGACAUUUGAUCACUAGACAGUAUUUUUUUUUCUUUUUUAUGAAUUACUCAUGAGUUUUUGAAGAGAACAAGUUUACACACUCUGAUGAGACAGAAAAGUGAGAUUAUUGUGAUUGUUAAUAAUUAAGACCCAAAAAAGUCAUCAAAGUCGUAAAGUGCAUUAUUAUUAUGCAGGAAAACAAAAUUAUUAGUGCCUCUUAUAUUACCUUAUGAAAAUUUUUAUCUUUAUAGCAAUAAUAAGUAUUAAAGUAUUUUUAUUAUUUAAUAAAUGCUUAAGUUCAUUAGAAGGGAAAAAUACCUAGUGAAAGUACUUUUACUUAACUGGGUACAUGUACCUUUCACCAGAAGAGGUUGCAUGGUCAAACCAUAAAACUUUGUUGGUAGACUCCAAAGUUAGAUUAUUAAAUUAUAGCAUAAUACAGUGAAAGCUCUUGUGAGCAGACAUGCACCCUCAGUAUGCAAAAAAAAAAUGUCCAUAACUGGAGCUGUCAGCUUAUGGAAAUGUAAAAAUACAGAGUUUGUAUGGGAGAUGAGAUUUUAAGCAGGGUUUUGUCAAGGUGGCC